UGCACCAGAGCCCUCCUCUGGUUGGGGCCUGGGGCUAAGGCACAAGCAGCAGCAGGAGUGUAGUUGUCCUUCUCCUCUGCUCAGCCUGACUUCUGUGCUUCGGUUUCACCCUCAGAUAUCAUUGCCAAAGGGGAAAUGGAGAAGCCAUCCCCGUGCACCACCACCGGCCACGGGUAUCACUGCACCCUCAACGGCACUGAGUGCAGGAGUGGGUGGCCAGGACCCAACAACGGCAUCACCCAUUUUGAUAAUUUUGGCUUCGCCAUGCUGACCGUGUACCAGUGCAUCACCAUGGAGGGAUGGACGGAAGUUCUCUACUGGGUGAACGACGCCAUCGGGAACGAGUGGCCCUGGAUCUAUUUCGUCAGCCUCAUUCUGCUGGGCUCUUUCUUCGUUCUCAACCUGGUGCUGGGCGUGCUCAGCGGGGAGUUCACCAAGGAGCGUGAGAAGGCCAAGUCACGGGGCACGUUCCAGAAGCUGCGGGAGAAGCAGCAGCUGGAGGAGGAUCUGAAGGGCUACAUGGACUGGAUCACCCAUGCCGAAGUCAUGGACAGCCACCGGGCCAGGGGAGAAGGGAUGCUGCCAUCAGAGGAAGGGGGUUCAGAGACCGAGAGCCUUUAUGAAAUUGAGGGCAUGAACAAAUGGAUUCUCUUCUUCCGGCAGUGGAGGCGAUGGAACCGCCUGUUCCGCAGGAAGUGCCGCGAGGUGGUGAAGUCCAAGUUUUUCUAUUGGCUGGUGAUCCUGCUCAUCUCGCUGAACACCCUGUCAAUCGCCUCCGAGCAUCACUGGCAGCCCGAGUGGCUGACCCAUGUGCAAGACAGCGCCAACCAGGUGCUGCUGGCGCUCUUUGCGGCCGAGAUGCUGCUGAAGAUGUACGUGCUGGGCCUGCGCCAGUACUUCAUGUCCCUCUUCAAGCGCUUCGACUGCUUCGUGGUGUGCGUCGGCAUCCUGGAGAUUAUCCUGGUGGAGAUCAACGUCAUGUCACCCCUGGGCAUCUCCGUUCUGCGGUGCAUUCGCCUGCUGAGGAUCUUCAAGAUAACCAG